UCAGCUGCUCCGGUAGAACCUGAUCCAUCAGAUUGAUUCAGAGUUCCUCUCUGAUGUGACCUGUGAUGUGAUGUUGGGUUGACUGCCUCUCUUACAGGCUGUUGCUUUUAUUCAGCUGUGUUUGUCUUCAUGUUGUUUUUAAGUACAAAUGAGAUCAGUCCAAUGUUGGUAAUGAGUCACUGAACUGAAGUCAGUUUUAUUGUUUUUCUCCACCUUUGAAUUUUUCCUUUGUGACUUAUUGAACAUGUAAAAAUCUCUUUUAACCCUUUCAGGAUCUUUCUUUUGUCUUUAAUCAACUCGACAUCUGUUUGUCUGUUUCUGAUUGGUCAGAGUGAACAGCUGAAGUCUGCUCUUGUGUUUCUGUCAGGUUUCAUUAGUGUUCAGUCGGCAGCGCUGAUGGAUGUUAAUGUGUGAAAACUGAUCGAUGAACACAUGAAAACAGUCUGUGAUUUGAUUCUCUGGAACCUGAUCGUAAACAUUUAAUAGGAAACAUCAGUAGGUUUUAAAAUCUGCACUGACGUUAGAAACUGGUGAUGUGGAGUUUCUGAAGUAUUGAUCAUGUUUCCUGUCCUGUGCUGAGAGCAGAACACAGACUCUUCUCUCUCUCUCUCUCUCUCUCUCUCUCUGUGUUUGUGUGUGUGUGUAUGUGUGUGUGUGUUGUUCCAUUGAUUUAUCUAUUGAUUCUAUUGAUUCUUGUUACAGACACAGAUUCUGUUUUGUUUGUUGCUUUUCAAAAAAACAGUGGAACACAAUUCUUGUUUUCAGAAAACCAGGUGAAACUGUUACAGUGAGAAAUGUGAAGAGAAUUUAUCACUUUAAGGGAUCCUCAUGAGUCUGCAUUCACUUUUAAUGUUGUGUGUCCUGAUGAUGAAUGUUCCUGUUUGACAGCUGAUCUACCAUCUAUCUUUAAACCAACAGCCCGAGAAACACUGGAUUACACUGUUGUGUGUGUGACUGAAGUUUAAUGUGUGUGUGUGUUUAAAGCUCAUUUAAAGGAAGAAGUUUUAUCUGUUUGAAGAAUCACUCUCAACUGAAGAUGCACGUUUGUUGCUAUUUUAUACAUUUUGUUAACUUUCUGAAGAUAAAUUAACUUUAUAGAUUACUGGAGGUGUGAAGUGUUUGGACAUGAUGCAGAAUAACUCUGAGAUGAUAAUUGAGCUUCAAGGUCUGAACGACUCUCUGGCGAACCGUCAGAUCUACUUCGCCUUAGCUCUGACGUCGUACCUCAUCACCAUCUUUGUCAACCUGAUGCUCAUUGCCACGGUCUGUGUGGAGAAAUCGCUCCAUGAGCCGCUCUACAUCUUCCUGUGCAACCUGUGCCUUAACGGCAUCUGCGGAGCGUCCAGUUUCUACCCAAAGCUGCUUCACGACCUUCUGGCCGACUCUCACAUCAUCACGUACGGUGGCUGUUUGACGCAGAUUUUUGUGGUUUACAGUUAUGUUUUCUGUGAGUUCACCAGUCUGACCAUCAUGGCGUUCGACCGCUACCUGGCUAUCUGUAGGCCGCUGCAGUACCGGACGCUGAUGACGGUGCAGAGGGUGGUGCAGCUGCUGCUGCUCACCUGGAGCUUCACACUGCUGGAGACGGCAGUGGGCGUCAUCCUGACUGCCCGCCUGCCGCUCUGCGGGCGACACGUCACCAAGAUCUUCUGCACCAACUGGGAGGUGGUGAAGCUGGCGUGCUCCGACACAACCGUCAACAACGUCUACGGCUUCGUGCUCACAUUCUCGCACCUCUCGCAGACCGGACUCAUUCUGGUGUCCUACGGCUACCUAGUCCGGGCCGCGCUCAAGUUGCAGUCCAGCCGCAGGAAGUUCAUACAGACGUGCCUGCCGCACCUCAUCACGCUGUUAGUCUUCACCACCUCGCUGAUGUUCGACACCAUGUACUCCCGUUAUGGUAGCAGCACGCUGCAGGCGCUGCGGAACGCGCUGGCCGCAGAGUUCCUGGUGGUCCCGCCCCUCAUCAACCCCAUCAUCUACGGCAUCAACCUGCACCAGAUCAGGUCCAAGAUCUUCCACAACUUCACCGUCAAACCUGAGAUCCCAAAACCACAUUCAUGAAAAACUCACGUUGACAAAAAACACUCGAACUGAGUAAAACGUACCGAUUGGCUGAUUUAUCUUGUAUGUUUCAAUAAAAUAUUGAAGUGC